AUGGAAGAAGGAGCAAUAGACCACACGAAGGCGGAGGAGGCCGAGGGCGAGUUCAGCCUCUAUAGCCUCUUCAAGAGAGGGCUGCUUACUGACUGUAUACUAGUGGUACCUAGGGAGAAGGUGAAGGUGCAGGAAGAGGAGGAGGGGGAAGAAGACGAGGAGGAGGAGGAAGGAAAUAGCGGAGAUUUCAAGCUACACAAAUUGAUCCUGGCAUCUUAUAGCCGAUACUGCUACAAGAAGAUAAUACCAUCAGAUGAGGAGGGAGAGGAGGAGGAGGGGGAGGAAGAGGGGGAUGCAGUCGUGGUACCAGAGCACCAGCAGGAUGAGGGGGUACACACAUGGGGACUGGGAGAGAGCUAUAUCGCUCAACCCGCUCUUCGCAACUCCUUCAGCUUCUCAAGAGGAGUCUCAAUGCGGGCUGCUUCUGACUAUCGAGGGUGUUCCCAUGCAGCCCUACUGGGACUAACGUUGGCCCUUGAGAUGCCCUCAUUGGCCCAUCGUUUGGCGGAGUACAUCCUUUCUACUUGUCUCAACCCUCAUACAGCUCCUGCUGUGUUAUUACGCUGUAGCUAUUAUACUGACAACAACGCUGAUGCGAAGGCUCUCGCUGAAGCUGCUGAGGCUUUACUACUUGAUAAGUUCGACGAGUGUAUUCAGCCGAGGCUGGGGAAGCCCUUGAGGGUAUAUGAGCUUUCGCAGCUCCCACUGGCGAUGAUAGAGAGGAUACUAACGUCGGAUAAGUUGGGCCUGGGGGCCUCUUCGGGAGAUGAAGAACUGGUCUUGAGGACAUGUACGAAUGUAUUGAGGCAGAGGAUGGAUAGAAGGCAUAUCAGGGUGGGUAUGGAGAUGGUGAAGCCAUUGAGUGGCGCUGUCGAGGUCAAGUUGAGGGUGAUGGAAGGGAUAGCUAGCGGGUCGGAGUGUGUGAGGGGGGAUCCUGUACCGAGGUAUGAGAGAGCAGUAUCGUGGGGUGAGGGAGAGGAGGGAAGAAUAGUAGAGGGAAUAGUACCUUUAUUGGACGAGGCGCCUUUGGGGGAGGUGUGGGCUGAAGUGGAGUGGAAGCUCUCAUCAGGAGAGGUCAUUGUGGAUGAGCUCUCGAAAGAGGUCUUCCAAAAGCCACAGCAAGAGGAGGAUGAGGAAGAGGAUGAUGAUGAUGGAAAGGAGGUGUCUCUGCACAGUGGCGCAGUGGUGAGGGUCACACUGCGGUCUGAGGAGCCCGUCCAGGAGCCGGAGAAGGACUCUGGGGAGAGUGGUGGUGAUGAAGAUGUAGCUGAGGAAGAGGAAGGGGAGGAUGAUGAGGAUAGUAGCAGUCCGAAGAAGGAGGGGGUGUGGGAGAAGGAGGACUUUGAGAUGGUGUAUGGAUGCGUCCGAUGGUCCCAAUUGCCCCUCGAGUCCCUCAUAUCAGCGGCAGAGUCGCCACUCUGGCGUCCCGCACAGGAUAGGAUACUUGAGUUGAUGAGGAAGUUCACCACUACAGGACAGCAGGACCUUCCUAUUGGGGGGAGGCCCCGGGAGUGCCAGAAGGAGGGGUAUAAGCGGCGACAAGAGAUGAAGGAGGAGGUGGAGGUAGAGGAGGGAUGA